CGAAUAGAGGAAGACGAUCUGUUCUGCCAACAGGGCAGGAUCGAACCAAGGGCACACGAAGCAACAUUUUACAUUUUAAUUCGGCAAAUGAAGGCGCGCGUUUGGCAGCCACGGGACAAAGUCAUCUAGAGAACGAGUCUGCCAACAUCGUGAAUAAAGAAAUAAAAAGUGAAAAGCGGAAGAAGUCAGGUGGAACAUGUGGGGGUGAUAAACCUGAUACUUCAUCUGCUGUCAAUGGUGCAAUGGACGUGAGUGAGAGCAAGCCGGGAGCCGUGCCAGCUCGAGGGAUGGACGACGAUCUAGUGGACGCAUACAAGCGUGCAGCUCCGCACUUAUUAAAUGAAUUGGCUUGCCUGCUUUCACAACAUAAGUGGACCGAGGAGGGACGUAUUCCACACGGGCUUGUAAAUAUCCUGAAUUACUCCUGGCAGGAUCUCACUGCAGGGGCGGUACACCUGAGAGGUCCGGGGCAGUUUGACAAACGCCGCAAGUCUAAAGGUUCCCCCAACUUUGAUGAAACUCUCCCUCUGCUGUCUGUCAAGGACAAGAUGAAAACAGAAAAGAGAAACUCGGCAGUUGUGAGAAAUGCUGGUUCCUCGGAGAGAAAAACACAAAUUCACUCACAUUUAUGCACGAAAAGGCCAAUAUCUAUUAACGCCCAUAAAGCUCAUGCUUCCACAACCAUCAAUUUCUCCAUGUCAUCCCAAAGCUGUAAAGAGCAAGGUUGGAUCAUUCAGCCAAAAAAGCCAUCCAGUGAUGAGCCUCAACAGAUUGCUAUGUGUCAGUGGGUGUUGGAGCAGCUUCACAAGGCAACAACGCCUAUAGAACUGCAAACAGCUGAGCAGGCUGAGCAGGGUCUGGACAAGCCACUCAUACUCCGUCACUAUGGCGAUGCCAAGUUGUAUUUGAAGGGCAAGAGAACGAGGGGCAAGGUCUGGCAUGCCGCUGUUGUCGACGGUUUGCCCCAGAUACCUGAGGUGAAGCAGCAAGAUCCAGCACGGGAGAAACUGCACUACAGAAUCAACGAUGGCUCCUCGAUCAUAUACUAUCCAUCUGGCCGUGUGGCAGUGUGCCAGAGCCAUUCAGGUUUGCCUUGCGGAGGCUUUUAUACCAAUGUGUUCAGUGACAGCGACUGCCCUGUCAUCCUGGCCUCUGUCACAGCGAUUGGGCAUGGGACUGUUACACACCCUGUGAGCGGCGCCAUCACUGCAAUGUGGGACCAGAAGGGCGGAUUCACAUGUGACUCUUAUGGCGCUGUAACUAAGAAGUGGAUCUGGCAGACAGGUCCUGUACUGAAGGAGAAGACUGUUAUACAGUUGUCAGAUCUGAUCUCAGUGAGGUUGUUCAGUGGCACGUCUGCCGUCCUUAGAUUUAGGAGUGAGAAUGAAAGUGUUCAACUCCCAAUCUCGGUCCUGCUGAACACCACCCAGCCAAAGCAAAUGCCUUGUCAGCAGAUACAGGAAGAGUCCACCUCUGCUGCGUCUCAAGAGCUGCUGCUGGCUAAGAAGAGAAACCAUGCUGUAGUUAUACAGAGCAAGAGGGACAUGGGAAUCACAUCUGUGUCUGUGCAUUCUGGGGAGGUCGUCCAGAUGGUCAGUGAGGUGGAGGAGCUGGAGGUGCCAUCGGUGCUGUGGAGAGGCGGAGGCUAUGCCAGCAGGGAGCUGAGGAGAAUUCAUCAGAGAGUACGAAACAUCCUGGCUGACUGGCUGGAUUACUACCGCAUGGCCACUGGUAUCAAGUGUCCUGACAUGGAGCGGAUGCCAGAUGCCCCACUGAGAACCAGGCUGAGGAAAGAGGUACAGUCAGCUGCCCUGCCCUCUCUGAACCCACCUGAGCAGGCAGACAUGAAUCCAGGCGGGCCAGGGGAGGGCAGAGACGAGUUACAGGACCCGCCUACACACCUGUCAGCACCAGUGGACCGCACUCUGAAUGCCUCCCUCAAGCUGCCCAGAGACCUGUAUGUUGCCAGGACACCUAAAAAGCGAACAAAGGAAGAGUUUCAUGUCACUCAAAUAGGACACCUUCGAAUUCGCAGCAACAUCAUACUGGAUUCAGUGAUUAUUCCAAACAGUCCAGAGUUGCAGCCUCCUGCCGCUGUCCACUGUCCAGUCCAGUCGUCGUUUAUCCCCUCUGUUCCCCUCAGUUUGUGUCCUGCCAUGAUGAGGGCUGCCCUUCUGGAGGGGGAGGGGCGGCGGCUGUGCUGCUGUAGCUGCAGACUGAUGCCACUCGUGACAGACCUCGAGUAUGACGCCUUCAUCACAGGGCAGCCUGCAAACAGUGAGCAGAUUCUGGUGGUGUGUGUGACUCCACCGCACCAAUCCCUUGUUACACCUGGUCAGGCUGCACUGGAGCAGCUUUACAGGAAGAGGAACAAGAACAGGACCAUGCCCUGCACACAGUGCCAGAGGGAUUCAUUUCGUUUGGUGAGGUAUGAGAUGCCCACAGAAAAGGCCUGCUGUGGAGUUCAGAACAGCCUACUGCAGCAGAGACACAAUGCUGCUCCUGGGAUGGCCCUGAUGUACAUCCGAGGGAAGCUGCUGUUUGUGGACUACAUCUUCAGUGGGUACAGUUGCUCAGUUCGGGACUUUCAGAAGCAAAUCUCGCGGACUAGGGGAGACUACAGAUUAGGCUUGAGCCUCCCUCCAGACUACAAGUUCAGUGAUACAAAGAAGAUCUCUGCAGCCAUAGACUUGCCUAAUGCACAAGAACCCCAUGAAACACUAUUAGGAGAUUGUUCAGGACCAACUCCUUCAGUGGGAAAGACCAUGCCCAGGGAGAGGAAAAUGACUCAACCUCCUAACGCAUCACUCCUACCACAGAGAGCCACGUGCAAAAACGCAAAAAAGUCUCCCACUGCACCUCCUCCUCCCGUUGUCAUACACUGAAGAUGGUCCAGUGACAGGAUGACAUCAGUGUCAGCCAUUUGUAUUCACCAGAAAAUCAAGGCUACAGAAGAGCAUGAGCUGCAGUUGACUACUCAGGGUAAUGUGCAAGGACACUGCAAAUGCCUCAUUCCCUUACUUGGCAGGUUGGAGCUACUGAUUGCACCACUCUGUAACUCUGUAAUUAAGAUGCAAAAUGCCUUUCAGCAUUUGGCAGUGGGAUGCACAUUGGCAGCUUUCGGUGGCAUCAGGGGCACAAGACUCAUCAU